AUGUCUAAUGAAAACACUAUUCAUCAAUCUACAUUGAACUAUAACAAUAAUAAUCAGUCUAAUUCAUCAUUAAGUAAUUUAAAUGGAACAUUUCUCGAUGAAAAUUCUAGUAAAUAUGAAAUGGAUACAAUCGAAGAAUCUCCAUCAGUUUCACGGUUUCCUGAACGGCAUCGAUCAGUUAAUAUUAGUAAUAUAGGACGAAUUCCAUUGAGACGUCGUAUUAAAAAAGCGUUAGGAACUGCGACACCAACUUCAAUUUCCAAUCGUUUAGUUUUCUUCAAGAAAAUGAAAUCACCUAUUAAUGGUUCUGAUAUAUCUCAUCGAAUUCCAUCAGCAAUAUGGAAUGGUGUUAAUAAAUAUUUACCUUUACCAUUACCAUCUGUUUGUUCUAUUUCUGAGGCAAAACUAUCGUCUACAAGUGAAGGAAAUCAAAAUUCAAAAAACAAUGAAAUUGAUUCAUCUUCAGAAUUAUCUCCUCGUGAUAGAUCAACUACUCGCCAUGAAUUUAGAAACACGACGGUAUCAAAUGACUCCUUCAAUGCAGGAAGCGAUGACGCAAUAGCAGCAAGUUCAACACAAAAAACUGGCCUCACUCGAGCAUUGAGUACUAAAGCAUUGAAUUUUAAUAAAUUUAAAGAUCAAUUUACUCACCAUGCCCGUACGGUUAUAACUAAGACGCCAUCGCUUUCAUCCCUUUUAACAACUACAUCAACAGCUGUUAAUGCUAGUAAUGAAAAUAAUAACAAGAAUAUAGUUUAUUGGACUGAAGUUUUUAUUGAAAGAGGAAACGAUUUAUCUUCUAAAGACAUAGAUGGCACGAGCGAUCCUUAUGUUAAAGUUUUGUAUGGCGCCGAAGAAAAAUAUACAACAAACAUCAUGUCAAGUGAUUUAAAUCCAGCAUGGAAUGAAAAAUUUACAUUUUUUGUACACGAUCUAAAUCUUCCACUUCAAUUUAAUAUUUUUGAUCAUGAUCGUAUUGGACGAGAUGAAUCAAUGGGUUCAGUAAAACUUGAUUUGAGUAGAAUACCAAUAGAUAGAUUAUAUUCUGCAACGCUUGAACUAGAAAAUGAACAAAGAAACGAUGGGAAAACCGGUAUGCUUAAAAUAAGCGUGACAUUAACAUCAAAGUCAUCUGAAUUUCGUGAUGAAGUUAUUCGCACGUUGAAUAAGCAGUCAAAUAUGAGAUCACUAAUAGGUGGUCGUUCCGGCGUUAAUAAUGGAGUCAUACUAACUCGACGUACAAUUGAUGUUUUUCUAAUUCAAGGACGAAAUUUAACAUCAUUUAAUAGUAAUAAACCUUGUAGUGCUUAUGUUAAACUGAAAUUUGGACUGAAUAGAAAAUAUCGAACACAAACAAUAAAAUCUAAUUCGAAUCCUAAAUGGCAUCAAUCAUUUAUGUACGAUACAAAUCUUACUAUUCUUCCACCAUUAGAAUUUACUGUUUACGAUGACACAAAUGCUUCAGCAGAAUUCAUAGGCCGAGCAAUCUGUAAUCUAUCUCAUUUAGCAGAAGAACAAACACAUAAAUUAUCUGUUGAACUUGAAGAUAAUGCUGGUACAAUUGAUGUAUUUAUAACUAUAACAGGAACAACACCAUUACAAGAAGCAACGAAUGAUGGUGACAGUUCAUGUAAUGUUGCUCUUGAGUAUAUACCAUCAAAAUUAACUGACGAAGAUAUUGGACGCUAUAAACUUCUCUCGACAUUUCGAUCGAUCGUUCCCAUAUUUGAUGUCGGCAAAGUAGAAAUCAAAAUUUAUCAAGCACGUGAUCUAAGCUCGAAAGAUAUAAAUGGCAAAUCAGAUCCAUUUUGUGUUGUUGAACUCGAUGGAAAUCGUUUGCGUACGCAUACAAUUUAUAAGACACUUGGUCCUGCCUGGAAUAAAUCUUUUAUUAUACCUGUACAAGAUAUUCAUUCUACACUUGAUUUAACAAUUUACGAUGAAGAUUCUAAUAAAACAAGUGAAUUUCUUGGACGAGUUUCAAUACCCUUACUAUCUAUAAAUAAUGGACAAAAGAAAUGGAUGGGAUUAAAAGAUGAAAAAUGUUUAUUACCUAUGAAAGGUGCUAUUGAAAUAGAGGCAACACUAGUUUAUACAAAUCUCAAGGCAGUGAUUCGAACAUUCAAUCCAAGACAAACAUCAUAUUAUAAAGCCGAAGAAAAAUUCAGUGUUGCAGCUGUAAAACAACAUGUAACACGAGUUGAAAAUAUAGUUACAAGUAUUUUAAAUGUCCUUAAAUUUAUUGAUUAUUGUUUUCAUUGGGAAAAUCCAUGGUUAAGUUUUUCUGCAUUUAUGGUAUCACUUAUUAUUGUUUGGAAUUUUGAACUGUACAUGUUACCAUGUAUAUUUGUGAUAUUAUUAGCACGAAAUAUCGUUAUAGAAUAUCGUCAAGGUCGUCUUGGAAAAGCUUAUACUGGUUUAAAUGAUGAAACAAUAGCAGCUAUGGUACAACCAGCACCUGUUGAUGAAGAAAUGCUAGAUAGCGAGGGAAAUCCGAAAGAACAGAAAAAAUCAUUUCUCAGUUUCAUAUCGACUAUUCAAGACACAAUUCUUGAAAUACAAGGUUAUCUUGAUGCUGUUGCUUCAACAUUUGAAAGAGUUAAAAAUGUAUUUAAUUUUACUGUUCCAUGGUUAUCCAUUCUUCUUACUAUUGUACUUGCAAUCGUUGCUGUCAUACUCUAUUAUAUUCCACUUCGAUAUUUGAUUCUUGCAUUUGUUAUUAACAAAUUUACUAAACGAUUUCGUAAACCUAAAGAUUUCAUUGAUAAUAAUGAAGUAGCUGAUUUUAUAUCAAGAUUACCGUCUGAUGUAGAACUUAUGCAAUUUCGUGAAAUUAAAUAUAUUUCUCCGAUAUCAACACAAAAAAAGACGAAAGGACCAACAACAAAUAGCAAAUCGUAA